AUGAUGCUCAGAUGGAGUAGCCGCACUGGCCGGGACCAGUACGGGCCACCUGCACGCACAGAGUACCGCCUUAUUGUGAAGAACCUCUCUAGUCGCUGCAGCUGGCAGGAUCUAAAGGACUUCAGCUUGGCGCAUGGUGAAGGGACCUAUGCCGACACCCAUAAGGAGUGGACCAAUGAGGGGGUGAUUGAGUUCCGAUCAAGCUCGGACAUGAGGAGGGCCCUGGACAAGCUGUACAGCACUGACAUCAAUGGGAGGAAGAUCUGCCUGGUGGAGGACAAGCCUCGCCGCCGACGCUCCUCUUCUGGCAGCUGCUCUAGGUCUCGUAACAGACGUCGCUCUCGCAGAAGGAGCUGCAGAAGUUCUGGCAGCCACUCCAGAUCCGACCACAAAUCCUGUUCUCAAUCCGUGAAGUCCCACUCUAAAUCCCAGACCCGUUCCAAAUCCCACUCUAGCACCAGGAAGUCCCGUUCCAACUCGGCGAGCCACAAAUCUCGCUCUCGCUCCCACACACGCAAGUCUCGCUCUAAAGUGAAGUCUGAGCGGGGAACCAGAGGCGAGCACUUGGUUGUGAUUGUAGUAUGUUAA